AUGCCCACGUCUGCUACUGCUUGGGGUUGGGUGGGGCGGACGGACGGACGGACGGAUUCACAGGUCCUCGGCGACAAGCCGCAGGUGUCCUGGGAUGACAUCGCCGGCCUGGACCACGCCAAAAAUGGCAUCAUGGAGAUGGCCGUCUAUCCCUUGAUGCGACCGGACUUCUUCCGCGGACUGCGCGUCCCCCCCAAGGGCGCCUUGCUCUUUGGGCCGCCAGGGACCGGAAAGACCCUGAUCGGCAAGUGCAUCGCAGCCCAAGCAAAUGCCACCUUUUUCUCGAUUUCUGCCUCCUCCUUGACAUCCAAGUGGGUGGGCGAGGGCGAGAAGAUGAUGCGGGCCCUCUUUGCGGUGGCUCGCUGCCGGCAGCCGUCGGUCAUUUUCAUCGACGAAAUCGACUCUCUCCUCAGCCAGCGUACGGACGGCGAGCAAGAUGCCAGCCGGCGCAUCAAGACCGAGUUCCUCAUUCAGCUGGAUGGCGCGGCGACCAAUGCCGAUGAUCAGAUCCUGAUUGUUGGCGCAACAAAUCGACCGCAGGAGCUGGACGAGGCUGUCCGCCGGCGUCUGGUGAAGCGCUACUAUGUUCCACUGCCGGAGGGGGCCGCCCGGCGGCAAAUCGUUGCGCGCCUGCUCGGCACCCACUCGCACAGCCUGACCGAGGAGGACAUCGAAGAGGUGGUCCGCCUGACGGCCGGGUACUCCGGCUCGGACAUGACCAACCUCUGUAAGGAGGCGGCCAUGGGUCCGAUCCGGGAGCUGACUGCCCAUGAUAUUCGCAACAUGCGCCUUGAGGAUGUGCGAUCCAUCAGCUUCUCCGAUUUCCAAUAUGCCCUGACCCAGGUGCGCGCCAGUGUCAGCGAGAAUGACCUGGUCCUCUAUCUCGACUGGGAUCGGCAAUUUGGCAGCAAGGGCUGAAAGGCGCACGUGCUUGAGCGUGCGGACAUGCGCCCGUCCAGGCGCGAUGGGCGUGUCCACAAUAGAAUUGCUCCUGCUCC